CAACUUGUUGAAAAGUGCUGAGGGCCAAUUAGUAGCCCAAGUGAGUGAGCAUGUAGAGGAAACGCGCGGGAUGAACAGCAUAAGGACGCUUUAAAGCGCAUGUAUAUAUAUUUUUUAUACAGGCUGACAGAAAGGCAACAAACUUAAUACUUAGUUUUUAAAGUGUCUUCAAUAUAUCUGAGAUGUUUCCGCUUAGAAGCCAUUGAAAGAUCUGAUACGGCUGUGCUGAGAAACGUUUGGAGUUUGUGAUAUUUAUCUAGUCCCUCAGGAAGGGACGCUUGCGCGCAUCUUCCUCGGCGACGGAAAACUAAAACCUCACGUUGUUUCUUCUUCUUUUCGUGGGAUUAUAUUUCUGGCUCUUUUUUUUUCUUUUGGACUUGUAGUUGUUUCGGAAGUGGAUUUCCGCCACUGAAGUGAGUGGACUCAGGUCUUUGGCACUGAAGUUUCCCAACAUGAGCGUCUUGGCGUCGCUGGUGCAGGUCGUAGUGGCUGUGGUCCUGACGCUGCCCCCUGCUCAGUGUUCACACUCAGGCACUACAAACAGUACCUCUAAAGUAAUCCUGUUUCAGGAGGUGUGGGGACGGAGCUUCUGCCGCACCAUCGAGACACUGGUGGAUGUAGUCCAGGAGUAUCCCGGGGAGGUGGAGCACUUGUACAGCCCUUCCUGUGUGCCAUUGGUCCGUUGUUCUGGUUGCUGCGGAGACGAGAACCUUGAGUGCCACCCCACGCUAACAUCUAACGUCACUAUGCAAUUAUUAAAGCUGAAGCCAGUAGAGCAGGGACAGGAGUACGUGGAGAUGACUUUUGUGGAGCAUAAAAGCUGUGAAUGUAGACUAAAAAAGCGCACACCAAAACAUGACAGAGUUUAUCUUUUUUACAUUGUAGGUGGAAGCCAAGAGCCAGGGGGAGAAAAAGAAAGGAGAAACAGCGAGUAAAAGACUGCGAUGGGUGCCAGCCUCCUCGAAGGUAAAUGCAGUCGCUUCCUGCUCUCUGCCCAUCCCAUACUGCCUGCCCCUUCAGUGUACUGCCAGCCUCUUACAGCAUCCUGCGUCACCUCAACCAACAGAUCGAAGAUGCACCAUUGUCAUGGUGAUGGGGAGAUCACCGGGGACAUUUACUCUACAGGAAGUGCCUUUUGUGAGGUGAUACCCAAAGAUGUGCAUCUCACAAAUCUCCUGAGGAGCAUAACAGUGGUGGGCCAAGACCUAGUGUCUGAGCUAGAACAUGAGCCCUUAGAACACUGGCUAUAUAAAAACAAAAAUAUAUUAUUAUUAUUAUUAUUAUUAUUAUUAUUAUUAUUAUUAUGCACACUAUCUCUGACAUAUCACAUUUCAUGGCCUUUUUAUUUAUUGCUUGCAAACCAGAAGAGAGAUGGUUGUUUUUGACCAAAUACUCUGCUGAAUUUUGGCAAGAGUACAAAUUGGGAUUUUUUAAAAAAUAAAUAAAUAAAUAACAAUGUAGUAACCAAAGACAGAUGGUUUUGCCACUUCUAAUGUGUCCUUCACUGACUAGCGAUAAGCUUCAUUCCUCUUGUAUUAAUGGCUUCUCAGAGUAAAUGUAAUUACAUAUGCAAUAACUGAAAGCUGAUUGUUAUGCAAGAAUUGAAAGCCUCCUUGCUAAUAUAAUUCCCUUUUCACACAUACCAGUCAAUGUGAAGAGAUUUCUCUCCCUGCCUCCUCCCUGUCCCUCAUGAUUCUUCCACGUUUGUAUCGUUAGCAGACUGUCUGUUGGUUUGGCAUUCUAGCUGUCAGAGCUCCAGCCCUAGGUCUCCGAGUUUGUCUUUUCUUACAAACAUUCACUCCACAAACCAAAUUCUCAAGCUUGAAUCAGUCGCUCAUGGACCGCUUUAGAGCUCAGAGUGACUUCCUGCAGUAAAUAACAUUGAUGUAGUGACCUCUACUGGUGUCAAGAAAUUCGAGCAAUUCAAUAUUUUGUUUAUUAUUUUCCAAACAUAAACAAACCUGCUGUAGCGUACAUAUGAUUUAAAUAAUAACAGUUCAUGGAUGAGUCGAUGAGUUUUAGAGUGUGUAUGAUUUUGCAAUACGAGAGACGAGUGUACAUCAACAUAAAUUGAAGUUGGAAAUAAAAAGUAGAUUAUUUUUGUCUAUUAAAAUGGUUGCAAAAAAAAGGAUGGGUUCAGGUCAGCAACAUGAUGAGACUCAACCAAAAAUAUAAAAAUAAUAAUAAUAAAAAAAAUAAAUAAAUAACAACACCUGCUGCUAAUACUACUUGGCCUUCAAAUGCAAAAGUGAUGAUAUCAGCUUAACAGUGACUAAGAGUCUUUUAUCAAAUUAGUAUUGUGUAAAUUCUUUCAUUUUUUCAGAUUUUAUUAGCACAUCAAAAGAUAAAGGAGUGUAUUGCAAUUAAACUGGCAGCAUUUUCAUUGUGUUGCUGAGUGUGAACACGAGCAAUUGUUUCUCUUUUCAUUGCCAUCAUGGGUCAAGAGUUUUAAAAUUAUUUUCAGUUUCAUGUAUAUUGUACAUAUUUAUAUAUGAUAUUGAUAAUGUAUUGCUACCGUGUCACUGCUAAUAAAGAGAUACA